AUGGAUUCAAUGGAGAGUCCAUGGUUUGAAGUUGAACAAAAUACUUUAGGGGGAGAUUUUGGAGUAGAAGCGUCUGACUCAGAUGAUAGUUCAUAUAAAGCUUAUGAGUCAGGUACUUCUUAUUCUGAUUCUUUUGAGUCUGAUGGUGAUAGGGUAGAUGAACCAGAGGUUGAACUAGUAGGUGAAAUGAUACAGAAGGAGUUAGACCACUUACUGGGUUUAAGUUUUUGGAGUUUAGAAGAUGAUUUUGAUAGUAACAGUGAUGAUGAUUUGAAUAAUGACCUGGAUUAUGAUAAAUAUGGGGAUAAAAGGUACCCUCUAUUCAAUCCUCAAACUGAUAUGAAGAACCCUAUAUUGAUAAAUAGUUUGGUUUUCCCUAGUAGAGACAUUUUAAAAGAUGCAAUUAAACAGUAUGGGAGGAUUAAUAGGGUAGAAACCAAACUAACUAGGAAUGACAAGCUUAGGGUGAAAGCAGUCUGUGUACCUAGUUGUCCAUGGACAUUAUGGGCAUCCAAGUUAAAUCCUAAGGAUCCAAUGGAUGGGAGUUGGCAAAUUAAGACCUUAGUCAACCACCAUAAGUGUGGCAAGGUAAUGAAAAAUAAGAAUAUUACUUCAAAGUGGAUGGCUAGACAUUAUUUACACAAAUUUCAAGUUGAUCCUAAUUAUUCCUUAACAUCCUUACAAAAUGAUAUUAGGGUGGAUUUUGGAACAAUAGUGUCUCGGACUAAAUGUAUGAGGGCUAAGAUUAGGGCUCUGGAACUAGUUCAAGGGAAUCACAAAGCCCAAUAUGUCAAUAUAUAUGAUUAUUUACUUGAGUUAAGGAGAAGCAACCCUGGUACAACAACCAUCUGUAAAUUAGACUAUAGGCUAUUUCAGAGGCUUUAUAUAUGCCUUGAAGCAUGCAAAUCAGGUUGGUUAACUGGUUGUAGGAGAAUUAUAGGGUUAGAUGGGUGUUGGCUGAAGGGAUAUUAUGGUGGACAUUUGCUUGCUGCUGUCGGGGUUGAUGCCAAUGAUUGUAUAUAUCCAGUGGCUUUUGCUGCAGUUGAGAGUGAAAACAAACAAUCAUGGUUUUGGUUCCUCGAGUUGUUAUGGAGGGAUUUGGAGAUCGACAAAUCCUACAAUAUAUGCUUUAUGUCUGACAAACAAAAGAGUUUAAUAGAAGCGAUUUCUUUGUUGUACCCUAAUGCUGAAGCAAGAAAUUGUGCCAGACAUCUUUACAAUAAUUUUAAAAAUAUGGAAGGAUUUAGAGGCCAAGUUAUGCGUCUUACUUACUGGAAAGCUGCUAAAGCAACUUUUCCAAGACAAUUUGAAGAAGCAAUGUCUGAAAUGAGGUCACUGUCAGAACCUGUUAAGGCUUGGCUGCGUGACAAGGAUCCAAGAACUUGGUCAAGAGCCCACUUCUCAACUAGAUGCAAAUCUGAUCUAUUACUGAACAACAACAAUGAAUGUUUCAACAAGAUCAUUUUAGAAGCUAGACAUAAACCCAUCCUAACGAUGUUGGAAAUAAUUAGAAGAAAAGUCAUGACUAGGUUGGUUUCUAUGAGAGAGGCUGCUGAGAAGUAUCCUGGACCUUUAUGUCCAAGGAUACAGAAGAAGUUGUCUGAAAUUGUUAGUCAGUCCAAUAAUAUAUGGCCGAUAUAUGCUGGAAAUGAGAAGUAUAAGGUAGACUGUGGAUUAGGCAACAAGCAUGUGGUUGACCUCCUCAACUCCUCCUGUUCAUGCAGAAAAUGGGACUUGUCAGGAAUUCCAUGUAAGCUUGCUGUUUCUUGCAUGCAAUUACUUGCUGUGAGCCCUGAAACAUAUGUAAAUACAUGUUAUACUGUCACUACCCAGUUGAAUAUUUACAGCCACUUGAUUAACCCUGUAAAAGGUCCUAUGAAAUGGGAACAUGUAAGGGAGAUGGAACCCAUUCUUCCACCUAUAAUUAGAAGGCCCCCAGGAAGACCCAAACAAAUAAGGAGGAAGGAAAUAGAUGAAGUACGAAAGAGUGGACCAAAAUUAAGCAAGACAGGGCAGCAAGCUAAUUGCACCAAAUGUGGCAAACCAGGCCAUAAUACAAGGACUUGCAAAGGGAUUGUUGGGGGUAACCAAAUGGCAAGCCAACAAAGCUCAAACCUGACAGCAAAUUUUAGGGCUAAAUUACCUGUCAAAAGGAAAUCUAUUUUGUGA